CGCAUCAAAUCUGCCAAUCGAGAGUUGGGCAGCUGCAAAAUCUUUUCGGCACAUUUGCUCUGGUAGCUUAUCUUUCCGAUGAAGUAUCCAAGCGUAACGCCAACCAAUAUCUUUGGGGCAGGACCGAACCGUACACUUGGCUGUCAAUGUGAAUUAACAAAUUGGUGCAUGACCAAAGGUUUAGCUGUUGCUUCGCAUAAUAGAAGUGCAUUCUCACCUUCAGAAACUUAUUAUGCACCGCGUACCACGCACCAAUUCCCAUAACCGUCCCCAACGGUAGGGAUCGUUGAAAGAAGGAUUCUCGAUUACAUUCACGAAGGACUCGCAACUCUUCCGGGGAAAAUUGAUAAUUCUAAAACGAGUUUCACAACAUUGCAUUACUGCGAAGAAUAUUAAUGUUCUAACUACUUCCUACCAGUGCAUUUCUCUGUGUGUCGUCGGGUUGCUGCAAUUGGCCGUUUUGUUGCAUAAUGAAAUUCAAUACUAUUUAUUAUAAAUCACUGUGAAAAUGCGUUGUUAUCUACUAGAGUCAACGUAAAUAAACGAUUGCUGUGGAACGUAGCCGGCAUACAAACAGCUGACAUUCACAACUGACAACUGAGCUGCUUGAUCAUGCAUUUCAAUCGAUAGAAAUUGCACACGUACGUGGACACAUUCUUAUCGGCGUCGUUAUGAAUCAAGUCGAAAAGCAUAGAAAUAAUUGCCAAAUAAUAUAAAUAAACGAGAAUUAAUCCGAUUCGGGUAAAACAUCGGACAAACCUACAUGCUCUGGUAAAUGUAACGGUUCGGGAUUCGGGCUACGCGUACUGUUGGCAGCGCUGAACCGGUUGAAGUUUGACAGUUAUACGUUGCUGUCACAAGUGAGCUGCUGUAAACAAAAAGAAAGGCGCUACAAAAAUACGAACAGAAGCCUUGGUGAAAAUAGCACGGAAGAAAUACCAGACAGGGUAUAGGGGUGAUUACACAUCUUUAAAACAGAAGAAUUGUUCUUCCAGCAUAGGUGAGCAGACGGUGUUUGGAUUGUGAGGGUGGCAACUACAAAUGCCAGCCAAUAGAUUCGAUAUCCAGUCAGGAGCAGGAUCACUAAUAUCAAGCAGCGCCAUGGGGAUCGAUUUCGAUGUGAACGAUUACAUCAAAACGCUGAAGAAGGACGCAGGCCCAUUCAAAUGUCCGAUGUGCGAGAAGACGUACAAGUCGGUGAUAGGAUUGCAGUAUCAUCUGAACAACUAUGACCACGAUAACCCGUCGCCUGCCGUACCAGCCUCGGUGUCGACUCCCAUCAAGCAGAAGGGCCGCAGGCUGAAGGUGGGCGUUACACCGAAAAACCAAAUUGCUUCCAGUCCACCGAAGGAGGGGAUUACAUAUCUCGAAACGGAACACCUCGUACGUCUGGAUUGUAAUGGCAAGACAGUGAAAAUCCCUGUGCUGGACGCUCUGCCUGUAAUGUCACUCGAGGAGUACGAGAGCAAAUGCAAGACCGUGUCUGAUUUCGAAGCGUUCGCCGUGACACCGCCGGAAGAACCAGAAGUGCAGCUGCCGGAGGGCAAAUUUAAGGAGAUCGAAGAUUACACUAUCUGUGAUGCACCGGCACGGCCGAACGCUUACAUUCGUUUCAUCGAGAAAUCGAGUGAAGAGCUUGACGGGGAGGUUGAGUACGAUGUGGAUGAGGAGGACACGACAUGGCUAAGCAUUAUAAAUGAACGGCGCGCGGCGCAGAACGUUGGACCUGUGCCGGUGGAUUCGCUCGAACUGCUGAUGGAUCGGUUGGAGAAGGAAUCGUUCUUUCAGGCGGCUGCUAACGGUCAGAAUGGAGCCGUCGUGGACGAUGAUGCAGUGUGCUGUAUCUGCAUGGACGGGGAAUGUCAAAAUACGAACGUGAUUCUGUUCUGCGACAUGUGCAAUCUUGCCGUGCAUCAGGAUUGCUACGGUGUGCCGUACAUUCCAGAAGGGCAGUGGCUUUGUCGACGGUGUUUGCAAAGUCCUAGUCGUCCGGUAGACUGUGUUCUGUGUCCCAACACUGGUGGUGCGUUCAAGCAAACAGAUCAUGGACAGUGGGCCCACGUCGUGUGUGCGUUAUGGAUCCCGGAAGUUCGAUUCGCCAACACCGUGUUCCUGGAACCGAUCGAUUCCAUCGAAACCAUUCCAGCGGCCCGAUGGCGCCUGACGUGCUAUAUCUGCAAGCAGAAAGGAAACGGGGCGUGUAUUCAGUGCAACAAAACCUAUUGUUAUGCGGCAUUCCAUGUGACCUGUGCACAGCAGGCGGGUUUGUGCAUGCGCAUGGAUACGGUGAAAGGCUCGGACAGCAAUCCGGUUGUGGUACAAAAGAUGGCUUACUGCGAUGCGCAUACACCACUGAAUGCGCUUCAGACAACGCCGAGCAAUUCGCCUGAGGGCGGACCUCCAACGGAUGCACGAGAAGUGACGCGAGAGAAGAUGAAAAAAGCUCGGAAGCUGCUUGCAUUGAAGCGGACUAGUGCACCGGUUAUUCUCAUACCGACGAUUCCACAGAACCGCAUUGAGGAAAUCUCGUCGUUGGUGAAUAUUCCGAAAAAACAACAGUUCAUUCAACGUCUGAUUGCCUAUUGGACCCUCAAACGUCAGUAUCGGAAUGGAGUUCCACUGCUGCGUCGACUACAAUCGCAAGGUCAAGCGCAAGGAACGGGAAUCCCCGGUUGUCGCGAUCGAACUGAUGGCUCGCCGGACGCUCAUGAGCUCUAUCAACAGCUAAAGUAUUGGCAGUGUCUUCGACAGGAUCUGGAGCGGUCCCGAUUGCUGUGUGAGUUGGUACGUAAACGUGAGAAAAUUAAGCUCAUUUUGAUCAAAACCACGGAACAGCUUGUAAUGGCUACGUUGAACCCGAUCGAGAGUGUUUUGCAUCGAAUACUGGAUCAGUUGGAGGUAAAGGAUGAUAAAGAGAUCUUUCGUGAACCAGUCGACACGGAAGAGGUGCCGGACUACACCGACAUCGUGAAGCAUCCGAUGGAUCUGGGCACGAUGAGACAGAAGCUUAAACGUGGCAUGUACGUUCGCAUUGAAGAUCUGGAGCAGGACUUUGCGUUGAUGAUCCGGAACUGUCUGGCAUACAACAACAAAGACACCAUGUUUUACCGAGCGGGUGUACGGAUGCGAGAUGCCGGUACGAUCGUUUUCCGAACGGUGCGCAAGGAACUCGAACGAGCUGGCCAUUUCCAACAGCCACCUCCCGUGGAGUCAGUGCCUUCAAGUAUUACAACGCCUGCCGGAAAUAGCAGAUCGAUCGGUUCCAGCGAAGAUAAUAUUGCGAUGGACAUAGAGAAUGAACUGACGAAGAUUACGGGACAGUCGGCAAAUGCGGAGCACAUCGGCAAGCUGCAGACUUUGCUGAGCAAAGCGAACGGAAUUCGCCAUGCGUUGACGCGCUCGAAGCGCAUCAAACAGAUUCGUAAUGAGAUUGCUCGCGUGAAACGUGCGAUCAGUAAAGAUCCGGAGCGUGCCUUGGUAAAUGAUCGCAGUAUAACCUCCGAUUUGAUAGGAUCAGCAGCAAGCUUAUCAGCGCUUGGUGGAGCUGCUUCUUCGUCACUCGCCGGUUCAACGCAUUCGCCGAAAAAGUUAACUCAUGCCAUACAUGCGGAACCCUCUACCAGCGGCAUUGGGGAUCUGAUAGGAAACAGCCUUUCUGUCGCUCAGAAACAUCACCAAAUUACACCAGAUGUGAGUCCGCAUAAAGUGCUCAACAACAGCCCUUCGCCCUCCGGAGUUAAUCGAAGAACGGCUGUUCUGUUCACGCGUAAAGCUCAGGCGGCGUUGAAGAAACCAGAAACACCGCCCAAACAGGAUGGUCCAGGUUCUGGAGCCGGUGCUGGCAGUGGUGGAGGUUGUCCAAGCGGACCAACUGUAAUCUCAAUGUCAACGACCGAACUGCUUCAGAAGACGGCAAAAAAGAUCAAUCGUGGCAAGCGGAUUGGCAAAAGUGGGAAGAGCAUUGAAUCGUUCCUUGAGGCAACGUCCGCUUCGGCACUGGACGGUAAACCUGUGGAACGGAAAUCAUUGGAAGCUAUUCCGGACAGUUUUCGUGUGUACCGUGGGCAGCAGGAUCGCGAAAUUAGCGACUCGGAAAGUAAUCUCAGCCUUACUGGUAGUACCUGCAGUAGCUGCAGUGGGUUUAGUGGAAGCGGAACCGAAUCGGAAUUUGGUUCUAGCAACGAUGAUUCAUAUUGCGACUCGGAGAUGUCCACCAACAGUGAACCGGAUAUGGAGUCAUUCCCGGAGAAGCCGGCACUGGAACCGUUGAAGCUAGUGUGGGCCAAAUGUCGGGGCUAUCCGUGGUAUCCGGCGCUGAUUAUCGAUCCAAACAUUCCGAAAGGCUUCGUUCAUAACGGUGUGCCACUGCCUGCUCCUCCGACCGAUGUGUUGGCCCUGCGCAGCAACUAUGAUGAACCCGUCUUUUUAGUGCUUUUCUUUGACGUGAAGCGUACUUGGCAGUGGUUGCCAGUUGGCAAGCUGGAACUACUCGGUGUGGACAAGGAACUUGAUCAAAGCAAGCUAAUAGAGUCGCGCAAACCGACUGAACGAAAGGCAGUCAACAAGGCGUACCAGGAAGCGCUCCACUAUCAUAGCCAGGUUUCGAGUGCAGAUGGUCCGGCUGGGAAGUUAUGAUGUUAUGGGAGUGGUGUGACGGUAGCAGGCUUUGUUACCUCACAGGGCGAUAACUCGGAGGAACAGGAUGAGGAGGAUGAGGAGGAAGAAUCAUGUUAAAUCUGUCACGUAUUGGUCUUUUAUAUUAGUUGUAGUUAAGGUCCUUUUCGUACAUGUUACUGCAUUAUAUGUGUUGGUAGGAGUGCUUUAAGAAGGAAGUUGGACAACAUCUCCGAACAAAUGUUAUUAAAGUUCGUUUUAUUUGGCUUGACGUAUAUCUGUUUCGGAUCGUGGCGGUAAGAGGUUAGGUAGGAGUUAAGUGUUGGCAACGAGUCUUUGCAUGCAUGGGAGGGCUAAAGGAAAGUUACUUCGUUCCAUGUGUCGAAAUAGAGAGAUAGAGAGUGUUCUUUUAAAACUUCCUCCUUUUUCCCAAAUUGCCGUCGUCAUAGUUUUUUUAAUGUUAUUUAAGUUGCUUACAUUAUAGCAGGAAAGAUACGUAUAUGCGUGAAUGUAUGAUAUCGAAUGUUUACGCCAUUCGUAAGGCUAUAUCUAUUUAUAACAGUAAUAGAAUACGUUUAGAGCCGGAUCCUCACGAGCAGCUAAUCGAAAAGGGUACGCGAGUUUCGCGAUAAAAAAAUCACACAUUAUCUACCGUGCAACUCACUCAUACAGGUGUACAAAACGAAAGAAAAAAGAUCAAUUUUAAUAAAGCGUA